AAACCUCCGCAAAAAAGAAAAAUAUUCAUUAACGUUCUUUGCCUUUUACCAUUCGUAUGUUUUAUUUUCAUUUUCACGUAAAACACAGUUUAUUGACUUUAUCGAUAACACUCUAGAUUUUAUGCAGUACGCAUGUACUAUUUGAAAUUUUCACUUAAAUCCAUACGAAAUCUCUUUUGACGGAGUAUAUUUUGGGAAGGGGCUGGGGGAGGGGUUUUUCUUUUUUCUUUUUCUUUUUUUAAUCCUUUUUUUGUUUCUUUUUUGUUUUCUCUACUUAACUACUUCUCGCGUCGCGUUUGGAAUUGAAGCGUUGAAUGUCGCGUAAAGAAGAAGGAAGAAGGAAGAAGAAAAGAAUAAUAAAAAGGAAAGGAAGAAAAAAAAAAGAAGAUAAAAGGAAUUCUCGCGAAAGAAAUCCUUGUUCUCCUUUCGUAAAACUUUAAUCUCUCUAUUCUUUUUUCUUUUCUUUUUUUUUUUUUUUUUUUUGUUUCGAAGCUUUUAUCUCGCAAUGCCGUGGCACACGCUAAAAAGGAGAUUUGUUUCGCUAACAUUUCCGAGAGUUGGAAAAAAAAAAAAAAGGAAAAUUCUUUGGAGCAACGUAACGCAACGCACGCAUUAAGCUUAAUCAUAAGCCUCAGUCCAACCUAUUUCUCGACAUCCUCGCUUAAUUGCUACGAGAAAAACCACAGCGAAGAUACUUUAUAUACCACCGUUCAUUCUCCUUCUUGCUUGGAGUGUAUGCAAGAGAGAGAGAAAGAGAGAGAGAGAGAAAGGUCGAAAGCGAAAAUUGCUAGAAACUCGUGAAUUUGUUUGUCCUUUAUCGUUUACAUUUACGUUCUUUUUUCUUUUUUUUUCUGUUUUGUUUCGUUUCGUUUUAUUUCUUGUUUUUCUUUCGUAUUAUUUUUCUUCCUUGGAACGAAGAAUUCGUAGAAAUUGGAAAUAAUAUCGAGGUCAGAUCAGGAGAUAUACUAUCUUAUAGAAUAGUUUUUAUCUACAUUGAGAAAAGAGAGAGAGAGAGAGAGAGAGAGAGAGUGCGUGUGUGCGAUUUGAGUGAGUGAGUGAGUGAGUGAGUGAGUGAAUGAGUGUGUGAGUAUGAGAGAGAUAAAAAGAAAGAGAAAGAAAAAGAGGGAGAGUAAGAGAGAAAGAGAGAUAAAGAGAUAGAGAGAGAGAGAGAGAGAGAGAGAGAGAAACAACGAAUCGUAUUUUCUUUGUGCGAUAAACGACGCCGACGGAUGACCUAAUGAUAGGGACGGGGUUACGGAGGGAAGGUGACGAGUGUACGAAAAACUUUUUGAAGGGUGUGGAAGGUGUCCUCGCGAGUGUGCAAAAUUCCUUAUCGUAAAGAGAUAAGAGAUAUAUCGACGUUAAGUCUAAAGUGGGGGAAGAAAGAAAGAGUAGGAAAAAGGGAAAGAAAAAAGGAAAAAAAAAGGAGAAAGAAGAAAAAUAGAAGGAAAUUCUUUCGCACGGAGCCUCUACACGCGUGGGCCUUUUUUUUUUUUUUUUUCUUUUCUUCGAACGCGGGAGUAACGGAAUCGUGAAAUGUACCGGAAACGAUGGACCGUAAAAGCACUGCGAAUGGAUUUACAAUAUAACACCGUGGGUAAUGGUACGAGCGCGUCCCUCAGGAUGAUCUGCGUUUUCAUCUUUUGGAUGCUACUCUAUGAUAGCACUGCACAUGGUAUACGACGUUUAAAAGCGGACAUUUUUCAAGAAUGGCCGUCACCGGAGAAAGGACCAUACUUCGAUACUUCGGUGCCAUCAAAUAUGACCGGCUUAGUCGGGAAAACUAUUGAGUUGAUCUGUAAAGUGAAGAAUCUCGGAAACAGAACGGUGUCGUGGGUAAGGCAUCGAGAUAUUCAUUUGCUGACCGUGGGACGUUACACCUAUACUAGCGAUCAACGUUUCGAAGCAAUGCAUAUGCCACAUUCGGAAGAAUGGACAUUGCAAAUACGAUAUCCUCAAAAAAAGGAUUCCGGUGUAUACGAAUGUCAAAUCUCUACGACACCCCCUAUCGGACUUCCGGUUCAUCUUACAAUAGUUGAACCAGUCACCGAGAUAACAGGAGGUCCAGAUUUGUUUAUUAACAAAGAUAGUACGAUAAAUCUAACGUGUCUGGUAAGAUACGCACCAGAGCCACCGUCCACGAUAAUCUGGAGUCAUAAUCGACAGGCGAUUAACUUCGAUUCGCCGAGAGGCGGCAUUAGCCUGAUCACAGAAAAAGGACCCGUGACGUCGAGUCGUUUGCUCAUUCAGAAGGCCAUCCAGGAAGACUCGGGACUUUACACGUGUUCGCCCAACAAUACUCACUCCAACAGCGUACGAGUGCACAUAGUUAAUGCAUAGCGUUUGUUUCAGAAGAACAUCCAGCGGCGAUGCAUCAUGGAAGCGGUGACAGAAUGGCCGCGACAUUUCUUCCGCUGAUUCUAUUUCUUCGGACGAUAUUCUAGCCGUCAUCGCGAGUGCUGCUCUUCCAAGACAAAACAAAGAAAAUAAUAACAUUGAACUUUGUCUAUGAUCUUGGACUAUGAAAGUUCGACGCUCGACGAUCGACGUACACUCACAUACACAAAACACAUACAUACAUACAUACACACACACACACACACACACAUAGACACAAACGUACAUGUACAUGCAUAUACAUACACAUAGAUAUACACACACAUAUGUACGUACUUAUGUAUAUCGUUCGUCGAGAAAGAUUCAACGUAACGAUUUUCACGAUUAAUGCGAUUUUCAAGGACGGCGUAUCGUCGGCGAUGUAAUUGUAUAGAAAAUUUUUACCAUCAAAAAUUAUAAUAAAAAGGCACGAUAUUCGAAACGAUAUACAAAAAAAAGGACAGCCAAAAAAAAGUGAGAAAAAGGAAGAAAAAAAAAGAAAAAAAAAAAAAAAGAAAAAGAGAAAAAAAAAGAAAGAAGAAACAAAUAAAAUCAUCAAUGUUCUUUUUCAUUUCGACGAAAAUUUAUCGCCGACCUUUCGUACGAUCGAAUUAUUUUCAAGAAAAUCGCUAAGCUAACGCGAAUCCCAUUAAUUGUUCGUUCAAACUCAAUCGAUUACGAGAACUCGUAUUAUUGUUGUCAAUUCGUUUUUAUUAUCUGAAAUAAAUAUAACAGCAGCGAGUUUUGUGCUUCGUCGCCGAGAUUGAGCGAGCAAUCGUUUUUUUUGUGCAUACGUACAUAUAUAUGAUAUUUAUAUAUGUAU